AUGAAGCCGCCGUCGGCCAAGGUCCACCACGUCCACCCGGCUCGCUUCCGCCUCUUCGUUCAGAGGCGCACCUGCUGCUCGCCACCACCACAACCCAAAGACGACGCCACCACUGCCUCGACCACCUCGGCAACGACAGAGCAAGAGGUGCAACGACCGCCACCAGAUGCUGCUAUUGGUAGCAGUGAUGCAGCAGCUGCUGCUACUGCUACUGGGGCAGGACGCGUCGACGCCGCCACCUGGAAAACAAUGCAGGACGCUUGCAUGGCGUGGUGCUCCUCCAACCACAUCCCGCUCAGCCCCGGAACCACGGCGGAACUAUCAUUCACAGUGCAUCCCUGCAACGAAAAAGCCUAUAGGCACUGCUAUUGA